AUGGCUGCAUUGAUUUCUGAUGUCUCUAUUAAUCAAAAGCCUUAUUGUUAUAAUACCACGAAAGCUGCUUAUAAUUAUGAUCACGAACAAUAUGACGUCCCAACAAUUGACUAUUUUAUGCUCUUCUCCAAUGAUCCUAAUCAACGUUCCAAAGCCCUGAAUUACCUCAGACAUGUUUGCCAGGACUACGGCUUCUUCUAUCUCGUUAAUCAUGGUAUCACUGAUAAUGUUUUCGAGAGCGUUUUCAAGGGAAUUUCUGAUUUCUUUGAUCCGAUAGAGGUGGAGGAUCGAAGGCAGUACGAGAAAAAGAAUCCAACAGAUAGGAUCAGAUGGGGCUUGCGCUCCUCACCUGGAGAGAAUAGGGAAUAUCUUAAGGUGGUUGCUCAUCCUCGCUUCCAUUGCCCUCCUAAACCAGCCGAUUUCAGUGAGGCUAUGGAGGAAUAUUUCAAGAGAUUGAGAGAAGUGGUACGUGGUUUAGGUAAAGCAGUAUCAAAAACAUUAGGAUUUGAAGAAUGCUACAUAGAGAAGGCAUUCAACCUUGAAUCAGGGUUUGAUGUGUCUGCAAUGAACCUUUAUCCUCCAAAUUUCCAAUCCAAAGGUGCCGUCGGCGUACCUGAUCACACCGACCCUGGCUUCUUCGUCUCGCUCGUUCAAGACGUUAAUGGCGGCCUCCAAAUACUAUCGAAUGCCGGAAACUGGAUCGACGUUUAUGACAUGCCCCCUAACGCUAUCUUCAUCAAUCUUGGCGAUCACCUUGAGAUUUUAACAAAUGGUAAGUACAAGAGUCAUGUUCACAGAGUGGUGGUGGACAACAACAAGGUGAAGAGGAUAUCCGUGGCCACACUUCACGGACCGUCGUUGGAUACAUUUGUGAAGCCGGCGCCGGAGUUUGUCGACGAUUCUCACCCGCCAGCGUACCGCGGAGCCACCUACAAGCGGUCCUUGGAGGCUAAUGGGGAUGAGAUUGAUGUGCAAUCUAGUAUUGACCAACUUCGCCUUCAAGUCAUUUGA